CCAUCCUCUUCUCUCUCUUUUUUUUUUUUUAAAUAAGAACUUCGUAAAAUGUGGAUCUUACAUUUUAGCAGUUACUUUAAGAAGAAAGAAGAAACAUAUUUUGCUAAAACCUUGGUCAUCCUUGGCUAAUACCCUGGAUGUUUGUGCUGUGGUGGGUGUGGUUUGUUCAGCUUUGUUACCUAAAAUGUGUUCCAAUACCAUGAAUAACUGAAGUGCUGGCUGUCCUAUUCUCCAGCCCUUUCUUCUCUUUCUCUUUUUGUUUCUUCCCUUUCUGCUUCCUCUUAUUUAGUGUGACCUCACUGUCUAGGCCCCAUGUGGAAAAAGGUUGCUGUUCUCGGUUAGUCUGGAUGAAAAACACCUAUGAUUCACUCUGUUUCCCACCCACCUUGUGGUGGUGGCUUGUGACUUUAAAUCAGGAGGCAGGAGGAGAGGCUGAGGGAGAGGGAGAAGACUCCUUCCCGCAAGGCUGGUGUGCGUGUGAGUGAUUGCGACUGCAGGCGCAUGCACACGGCAGCAGGCCGCCUGUGUGCCCUCGGGUGAGUGUGCAUGCAUGUGUGUGAGCACGCAGCGCGCACGCACAUGCCAGCACGCCCUCCUGCAAGCCCGGUGCGUGGCCGUGUGUGUAGCGCACGCACGCACACCCGCCCCGCCGCGGGGAGGGUGUGUGUGUGCGUGUGUGCCGCGCGCGCCCGCCAGCCCUCCAGCUCGCGCGACCGCGGGGCUCUCCCGCACACACGCCGCUCACCAGCGCCCCUCCCUGUGCACGCCCAGCUGUUUCUAUAGGAACCGCGACGGCGCCGGACCCCCUCCAGCAGAGGCCCCCGUGCGAGCAUGCCCAGUGCAAGCCGCUAGUUUGGCUCUGGUCUAGGUUUCCAGUAAGUGGCAUGCGGGACUCCGGAGAGAUCCCCAAGAGCUGAGCUGGGAGCCUUUGUGUGCAGAGGGAGGAGGCGGCGGCCGCGACUGCCUGGCUGGAGACCUGGCCCGGGGCAGCAACAAUGCUAGCCUGCCUGGCCCGGGGGAACUUACUGGACGUCCUGCAGGAGGGCUUCAAUGAGCAACAGCUGCAGGCGUAUGUGGCCUGGGUAAAUGCCCAGCUGAGGAAGAGGCCCACAGUGAAGCCUGUGCAGGACCUGCGGCAGGAUCUCCGGGAUGGGGUGAUCCUGGCAUACCUCAUCGAGAUUGUUGCAGGAGAAAAGCUGAGUGGCGUACAGUUGAGUCCUAGUAACCAACAAGAGAUGAAAAGUAAUGUGGAGAAAGUGCUACAGUUUGUGGCCUCCAAAAAGAUUCGUAUGCACCAGACUUCGGCUAAAGAUAUCGUGGACGGAAACCUGAAGUCCAUCAUGAGGCUGGUCCUCGCUCUGGCAGCUCAUUUCAAACCUGGCGCUAGCAGGACGGUGAGCCAAGGGAGGGAUUCCAGAGCCCCUCUGCAGAGUCACCAACCACACUGUGCCACUGCCGUGGCCCAGGGAGCAGCUGCUGCUCUGGCCGACGUGUGUCAUGACAUGUCCCGGUCGGGACGGGACGUCUUUCGAUACAGACAGAGGAACAGCAGCAUGGAUGAGGAGAUUGAGAACCCAUACUGGAGCGUGCGGGCGCUGGUACAGCAGUAUGAAGGGCAGCAGAGGUCCCCGUCUGAGUCCAGCUGCUCCAGCCUGACUUCACCCAGUCCCAUCCACAGUGCAAAGAGUGAAUCCGUUAUAACCCAGUCGGAGAAGGCAGAUUUUGUGAUUAUUCCCCCUGAAGGAAUAGAGAACAGAACAGAAGAAAGAGAUUCUCCAUUAUCCCGAGACUGGAGGCCAGGGAGCCCUGGAACCUAUCUGGAGACCUCAUGGGAAGAACAGCUGUUGGAACAACAAGAACAUUUAGAAAAGGAAAUGGAAGAAGCAAAGAAAAUGAUAUCAGGACUACAGGCCUUACUACUCACUGGAUCCUUACCUGAAGAUGAACAGGAGAGGCCCUUGGCCCUCUGUGAACCAGGAGUCAACCCCGAGGAACAGCUGAUCAUAAUCCAAAGUCGACUGGAUCAGAGUAUGGAGGAAAAUCAGGACCUAAAGAAGGAGCUGCUGAAGUGCAAACAGGAAGCCAGAAACUUGCAGGGGAUCAAGGAUGCCUUGCAGCAGAGAUUGGCUCAGCAGGAUACGUCUGUUCUGCAGCUCAAACAAGAACUACUGAGGGCAAAUAUGGACAAAGAUGAACUGCACAACCAGAAUGUGGAUCUACAGAGGAAGCUAGAUGAGAGGAAUCGGCUCUUGGGAGAAUAUCAGAAAGAGCUAGGGCAGAAGGAUCGCCUCUUGCAGCAGCACCAGGCCAAGUUGGAAGAAGCACUCCGGAAACUCUCUGAUGCCAAUUACCAGCAGGUGGAUCUAGAACGGGAGCUAGAACACAAAGAUGUCCUUUUGGCUCAUUGUAUGAAGAGAGAGGCAGAUGAGGUGACCAACUACACUAGUCACAACUCUCAAAGCAACGGUUUUCUCUUUCCGACGGCAGGAAAAGGAGCUGCUUCGAUCACCCACAGAGGGAGCACUGACCUGCAGCUUGUUCGCGAUGCUCUCCGCAGCCUGCGCAAUAGCUUCAGUGGCCACGAUCCUCAGCACCACACCAUCGACAGCUUGGAGCAGGGCAUCUCGAGCCUCAUGGAGCGCUUGCACGUCAUGGAGACACAGAAGAAGCAGGAAAGAAAGGUUCGAGGCAAGUCCCCCAGAACUCAAGUAGAUAGUGAAUACCAGGAGUCCUGGCCCCCUCAUUCAAAGUUGCCUCAUUCACAGAGCUCUCCAGCUGUCAGCAGCACCUGCACUAAAGUGCUCUAUUUCACUGACCGGUCACUUACACCCUUCAUGGUCAAUAUACCAAAGAGGUCUUCCAUGAUGAUGAUGCCAUUCCUGGAUGGGAAGGGAAAAUUGUAGCCUGGGUGGAAGAGGACCAUGGAGAGAAUUAACCCAGAGUACUAGAUUGGAACCUGGUUACUCCCUGGCUGCUUCACUCAGGAAGGGGACUGAAACCAGAACACACUGAGAAGUUUCUAGUCUGUGGGGCCAAAACAGAAGCUUCUCCAAGUGUGAUGGCAACAGGCCAGUCCUGUUUCUGUGCCUGGUUUAUCUGGUACUUAAAAUCCCUGUCCAAAUGUUACACCGUGGGUUCAUCUGGAGUUCCUUGUCCGUGGGAACACAGUGUUUUGUUCUACUCUGAGGACAACAAACCGAAGGCCUUAACCAAUGGGGAUGGAUGAUCCCGCUCCUGUAGGGGCAUGGCUGCUAUUAUCUGGAAUCUGAGAACUGGAUACAUCACUCCUGUGUGUUACAGUAUUAUUUUAUUUGGCCUCAGUAGUUGCAGCAAUCAGAGUCCCAGCAUUUGUACUCACAGACAAGGCAAAGGUACCAGCGUUUCUGCUACUUUGCAGCUAUUGCAAACCAAGAAUAAAUCAAGAAGUGGUACCAAAGAUGAAAGCCCACUCUUCAGUAAUAUUUUGAACCGUGUAUGGAUGGUGCUGAAUUGUUUAUUGAUGGAUAAAGGGCUGCCCAUCUUGUGCUACACUAUGCUACAACCAUAAUUAAAUAAGACCUUGGGCUGCCUCUUCUGGUCUUAACUGAUUCUGCAGCUUGUUUUUUGGCCCACACAGGGCAUAUUUCAUGUACUGCUAGUUAUCUCUAGGGACUCUUUAACUUUAGAGCCAUUUAUUUUUAUUCAAACUGAUAAACUUUGUUGUUUGAAAGGAAUAAGGAGUGAAUGGCUCCUUAACAUCCAGGCGGGUAUGGAAAGGUGCUGCUACCCAUAUCGUCUUGACUUUGUCUCAUGACUUUUCUUUAGUUCAUGGCAUCUCCUUUACAGCUAAAAGGAGACAGACCAUUAAUUUCAGUAUUUCUUUGUUAUAUAUGAAAACUGAGCAUGAAUUACUGGUCUGCUCCUCCUCUUCAAGGCUGGAUUUAUUUUCCAUUAUGUAUUUAGGCUGAUUUUUUUUAGGGCACAAUAGAAACCGUGGGGCAUGGAGCAUGAGUUGUGAAUGGCAGGGUUGAUUCUAGGUAACAAAGCCUAGAAUAAUUUCUCAUGUCAAGUGUAGAAGCUAUAAGUGUUCAACUUUCAGAGAUCACAAAUAACCUGGGUUUUCUCAUUCAUUCACCAAGCACCAUCAACUAAUCAGCCAUUAUUAUUUAUAUAUAUUACCCAUAACAGUCUAUUUGUGAUUACCAAUGUGCACUGCCAAACAGAAAGAGCAGGACAGAUAAGUUCUGGAUUCUUGACCUGUCUGUCUCCAGUUCAUCUCCCCUCUUUAGCCAUUUCAACAGACUGCUCUUUGGAGCUCUGAGAUGACAUCUUGUUGUCUUUUAAAAUGUCUUUUAAAAAUAAUUCAUGUUUGGAGAAUUCUUUUGUACUCAUUUGUUUUUUGUCUGAGAACCAUGUCUAUUUUUAUAACCCAAGUGUGAGUUGUUUAUAUUCUCACAUUCAAUUGUAUACUGUAUCCAUUUUCUAGAGAACCCAGUAGCUUUUAUACAGUCUCUUCUUACCACCCCUUGUGGCUUCAGAACAAGAUUUAUUUUGUUAUAAGUAUAUUAAUGACAAUUCCUGUUCCAAUUCUACCUGCCAUUUUAGUUGUGGAAGGAGUUUGAUGUAAUUCAGUUGAUUGCUCCUCUAGCAGACAGAGGAGCUCAAAAGACACCUGCUGUCUUUCAUAUAAAUUUACCUGGUCUUCUCCUACUAAGAAUGAGUGUUUUUUUUUUUUUUUUUUUUUUGUCAGAAAUGACUGGGAGAGUUUGGGGAAGUCAGCCAAAAGCAAGAAUAAUUCAUUCUGAAGGCAAAUGAGAAAAUAGUACAUUUUUUUUCCCAGGAGAUCUGCAGAAAAAGUCCUCACAUCACCAAUUUCUUUGUUGCAUGAAUUUUAGUGUUUGUUAUAUAUAGCAUGAGGGUUAGCAGGCCAAAAUUCAUUAUUGUAUUUCCAGUAGUUUAUCUUGAAUUUCUAUCAGUUUUUACUUGUCACUUUUCUUUCAGCAAAGUCUUACCCAUUAUGUGUAAUUUACCUUUUCAGAGAAAAUUAAACCAGAAAAAUAUUUCAAAGUCCUCUACCAUACCUAUCUUUCAUCUACCUUUUGGAAAAGGAGCUGUAGUGGUGCCGUGCCACCUUAAAAAGCUGAAAUUGAGUUCAGGGGAGAAUAUGAGAUGUUUUUUCCCUUUAGCUCAUUAGUCUCAUGUGCCAGAGGUAAUAACUAAACAUCCCUACAAGAUGAGGUCACUCCAGUAACUCUUGUACCAAAUGCGUUAGUGAUCCUUAUUUGAGGCCCUCAAAUGAGGAACUUUCUGAGCAGAACAAUCUGUUGAUUCAUUCUGUUCUGAAAGGUUUCCUGUUCAGUUGCACUUCUGAUUCAUUCACGGUUAUCGUCUCCUAGUGACAUGGGAGUGGGAUGGUCCAUCCUGCUAUUGCUGGUGUUCUCUUUUCUUGAGAAAACCUAGGAACUAGCAUGUUUAGAGCUCAUAAAAUAAUCUCUGAACCAUACUGGAGCGGUUUAUAAAAGACUCUCAAAAGCUAGAGUUCAGUUCCUUAAAAAGUCUUCAACACUGAAGACUGUUCUCUUAUUGCUCAGUUCUCUAAAUUCAUUGGAAUUGGAACACUGCAUUUUGUAUCUAAAGAACUUGAGUUGAACACACUUGGUAAUGGCCAAAAUGAUUUACUAGCUUUGCAGCUUUUUCUGACCAGGUCAGUUAUAAAUUAGGAAAAUAUCUUUGUUUUACAUCCAAUCCCAGAGGACUCUAUUUAAAAGCAUUUAGGUCAUAAUUAAAAUUAUUUUCAUUUUGUUUCCAUAAAGUAAGCAUUAUGAUUGCAUACUGUACUGUCUGAUUUAUGUAAGAGAUAUAGCUUGCUUAAAAUCCAUAUAUAUGUAAAGUUAUAUUUUCUUAGAAACAUGGAUGUUUGCAGCCAUUGUUUUCAAAGAGAUUAUUGCCGUGUAUUGUUUUACAGUGUUCUCAUGAAGAAUAUGUUAUACCAGAGGCUUCUGAUUAUCAAAGUGAUAACCAUUUUUAACUGCCCAUGUGUACCAAUUUAUGAACUAAUUAAAAAAUACAAAUGGAAUAAAAUGGAGUUUGCAAACUAAA